AUGUCGUUGUCCAAUCCCGCUCCAUCGGAGCCCAAGACAAUUGAGGUAAUAGAAGCGGCAUGCAGAGUUUUUGGAUGCCUCCAUGCAGACUCUCGGUGGCCCCUCAAUAUCCGGCCCGAUGAGUUGGAGCUGAUUUAUUUCAUCGUCAUGAGUUACUCGGAACCAGGACAGGCAAUCACAACUAGUAGCAGCUCUGGCAUGUCUAUUUCCAUUCCUCAAGACAUUUCCCCGACCCAAUUCCCUUUCCCAAAGACAUGGUUGACCCGUAAAGGACGAGCGGAAAGGGCAGCGAAGGUCUUUCUCAAAGACGCCAAGGCGAUCUUCUUGAUGACAGAUGCUUUUCAGGAUUGGAAGAGACAACUGUUCACAACAUCAAUACUUGAUCUGCCUAACGAGUUGUUGCUGCUCAUUGCGGCUCGGUUACCGAAAAAGUCUCUCGCUAGACUCUCUCAAUUGAAUCGCCGUCUCCUCAACGUCAUAAGCUUUAAGCUCUGGACACUGGACAGGACGCUCGAGGCACUGGAAUGGAGUUUGCGCCACUCUCAGCUGACAGUCUACAAAAAGGCAGUCCAAGAACUCUCGAAGAUUCCUGAAAGUAUGGGUAAUGAUUCCACGUGGAAAUUGUUUCCUCUGAUAGACACCGAAAAUAUCCAUAUGCUGGAUGGUAUGGCUUUGAAAGACGGUUUUAUUGGGCAAUUGUAUCGUCAAUUCAUCAUGGACACGUUGUCGCAUAAAAUAAACCGGCCAGCAAUCCGCACCCCUCUAUCAGUUGAAGAGGUCCUCAAACUAGGGGCUGAUCCGAAUGUUCUCAGCGAUGACCCCUACUUCGACGAUUUGGGAUUUGGGCAUAUUCCAAUGCUGCUCGUUGCUAUCUGUGGUUCCGGUGAUCUCUGUGCUGACUAUCUAGAAUAUGGGGAAUGUUAUCAUACGAAAACAGAAAAUGUCAACAAUGUUCGCCUUUUUCUCAAAUACGGGGCUGAUCCAAAUACCCACAUGUCCGACAAAAGAUCGGCACUUCAUUUUGCACUCUCCAUGUGCAGAUUCACGGGAAGGUUACAGAUGGUGAGAGAAUUGAUCAAUUAUGGCGCCAAUCCAAACGCAAUUGGCCCCCAGGGGAAAACGCCUCUUCACUUGGCAGUUAGUCCAAAUAAUUGUUAUUGCUGCCCCGUUGCCUGCAGAGACACAAUCCAGGCCCUUCUUCAAGCCCCAGGUAUUGAAGUUGACCUACGUGAUGAAGAUGGCCGUACGCCCUUGAGCAUUGCUGCUGGCUCUGACAGUGCCGUCUCGGUUUGGUUUGUGGAAAGAAUGCUCCGAAUGCCCAAUGUUGAUAUCAACUCCUAUGACAAUGAUGGGAAGACGGUAUUAUAUCGUUCACUGGAGAGCAGAAACAUAAAAGCUGCCGAGCUGUUGCUGUCAGGAAGUGACAUCGACCCAAAUCUCAAUACUAAUUACUUGCCCUUGUUUUUCGCCGUUUCGAAUGGAAUAACAACGGUAGUGCGGAGUUUGCUAAGAAGAAAGGCAACCGACCCGAACUGCAAAGACAGCGAUGGGCGUCUCGCUUUGACGUUGCCAGCAUCAAAGGAUAUAAUCAAGCUGCUUAUCGAAGCUGGUGCUGAGCUGGACAUUCGAGAUAGCACGGGUCUGACUGCACGAGAAACCAUCUCCAAGGCGGGCAUCGAUAUUGAGGAGCUAAUGGGCUCACGCUCAAGUAGAAAAAGAAAAAGAUACAGUGGAUGA